ACCAAAAGAGAUAUUUCUCUUUGGAUCGAUCGGAUCCCUCCAGGCAGGCGCACCACCCCGCCGCCGAGCGCCGCCGCUGCCACUGGACUGUGCUGGCCACCCCAGCUCACCGCCCCCACCGCCGAGCGCCGGCCCACCACCCCGCCGCCGAGUGCCACCACCGCCCCAGGUCAACGCCCCCACAGCCGAAUGGCAGGUCAAGUUCCUGAGUCCUGACGAACGAAGAGAGAGUUGGGAGGCCCUGGCUGAGACCAACACCACCAGAUUUCACCAGAGUUGGGAGGUCCUGACUGAGAGUUGGGCGGAGAUGUCCUUCUUCUUCCGGGCGGCGUCGCGGCCGGCGCGCCCGUCGCCGCAGGAGCUCGUCCGCUCCAUCAAGGAGUCCCUCCUCGCCCUCGACACCAGGACCGGCGCCAAGGCUCUUGAAGAUGUUGAGAAAAAUGUAUCUACUUUGAGGCAGACACUUUCUGGCGAUGGAGAAGUUGAACCAAAUCAGGAACAGGUUCUACAGAUAGCCCUUGAAAUUUGCAAGGAGGAUGUCCUUUCGCUCUUUGUUCAGAAUAUGCCUUCCUUGGGUUGGGAGGGUAGAAAGGACCUUGCCCACUGCUGGAGCAUUUUGUUGAGGCAGAAGGUUGAUGAAGCCUAUUGCUGCGUGCAGUAUAUUGAAAAUCAUUUUGAUCUUCUAGAUUUCCUUGUAGUUUGCUACAAGAACUUGGAAGUUGCAUUGAACUGUGGGAAUAUGUUGCGAGAAUGCAUAAAAUAUCCUACACUUGCAAAAUAUAUAUUGGAGUCAAGUAGCUUCGAGUUGUUUUUCCAGUAUGUUGAAUUAUCGAACUUUGAUAUUGCUUCUGAUGCUCUGAACACCUUCAAGGAUUUGCUCACCAAACAUGAAGCCGCAGUUUCUGAGUUUCUGUGCUCCCAUUAUGAACAGUUCUUUGAGCUCUACACAAGACUUCUAACUUCAACUAAUUAUGUUACAAGAAGACAAUCAGUGAAGUUUCUUUCAGAGUUUUUGUUAGAGGCCCCAAAUGCUCAAAUAAUGAAGCGGUACAUUGUGGAAGUCAGUUAUUUAAAUAUCAUGAUUGGCCUGCUGAAGGAUACAAGCAAAAAUAUCAGGAUAUGUGCCUUCCACAUUUUCAAGGUAUUUGUUGCCAAUCCAAACAAGCCUCGUGAUAUUAUUCAAGUUUUGGUAGACAAUCACAGAGAACUGUUGAAGCUACUAGGCAAUCUUCCCACAAGCAAAGGUGAAGACGAGCAACUUGAAGAGGAGAGAGAUUUAAUCAUCAAGGAAAUCGAGAAGCUUGUGCAUUCAUCGGUAUAGACCCUCAAGAAAUUCAAAUCCAUCCGUUCAAGUUUCGCUGGUCAAGAAAUGUGAUCCCUUUCUUCCCUUCUUGUUUUUAAGACCUGUGUAAUGUGAUCCCUGUAUAGAGGGUGUUUAUCAUAGGGAAAUAGUUUGACCAAGAAGUAUGUUGGUCACAAGAACACUUUACCAUUGCUGUGUGCAUUUCCAUUGUGAAAAUUUUUGGAACAACUGGUGGGCACAUGUUCGAAUUAUGAAUGACAGCUGAUGUCAAACAUAUCUUUGUUCAUAAUUGAAAUGAAAUAUUUCGAGAUCUGUGACA